CAAAAUUCACAGUUGUAAAAAUAUUUUUACUGAAAGAGGUUUGCUGCAUUCUUGCGAGAUAUUAAAAAGUGCGAUGAUGGGAAGACAGUGCUAUAUAUGCUUUCUGGUUUUGUUCCGUAUGCUCGAAGUACUCGCUCAGGAAGAAAUAAUAUAUGAGAGAAAUUUGUGGAAGCGUAUUGGCAAUACCGAGUACGCAGUUUUGAACGAACUGAUGAAUUGGCAAAGCGCCUAUCAUUUUUGUGAGUUGUAUAAUGGCCGUCUGGUCGUUUUGAAUAACCCUGAGAAAAUUAGGAAUUUGCAACAUUUACAGACAAUCUAUGGUCGACAAGAAUAUUUGAAAAACAUUUACUGGAUUGGUGGCAACAAUUUGGCAGAUUUCUCUAAAUGGAAAUGGAUACCAAUUAAUAAACCAUUUUUUUACACACACUGGCAUGUUGGUGAACCAAGGCAAGUUUUCAGUCAUCGUUGUGUUGCGACGAGUAACAGGACGCUUGGCUUUUGGAUCAAUACUCCUUGUGCUGACAAGCAUUAUUUUAUCUGCGAAAGAGAUAUCUCGUAUUCCGAGUAAUUAGUUUACAAAUAAUGAUGUAAAAAUUUUCAGAGUGCAAAUUACUUACUAGCGGUGAGUAGAAUACAUA